AUUUAACUGUGAAAAAUGAUCAGGCUCUUGGCGGUGCUGGCGGUGGUCCAGUAUGCUGUGGCUGUUACGGAACCCUCGCUGGAUGAGAUUAUUAACGAGAUCUUCGGGAUAUCAGAAGACGAAGAUGACAGCAAAGUGGGGCUCCCGGGCUGCAACGACCUCGAGGGCUCCGGACGCGGCUGUCAGGAGUGCUAUUUCUGCAACCACAGCCUCAUACAGGACAGCAGAAUCAAAGGAGGUCAUGUGGAACUGCAAUUAAAAGAUUCGUCAUGCGCCACCACCCAGAUAUGCUGCGUCCAGCAACAAGACCUUGUCAACUACAGAUUAAGCGACGCGUGCGGCAUAAAUAAUCCAGACGGCAAGCCCCGCAAGCGGCGCUCCGCCCCCCGCGCUGUGUUACAAGGAGAGUUCCCUUGGCGGGCCUGGGUUUACAAAAAGAACUCCCUCACCCCGCUCUGCGCCGCGUCAUUUGUCCACGAAGACAGCAUGGCGCUCCUGACCCUGGCUUCUUGCGUCCAGGGUCUGUCUGCCGAGGGUCUGGAUGUGUCGUUCGUGAAAGGAGGCCAGCGAGCUGCUGUCGGCAAAGUCACUGUACAUAGCGGCUAUAAAGCAGGUCAAGACACCAACAACAUAGCCAUCCUGAAGCUCCUCUCACUAGAAUCGACACCGGCUUGGGCCUCCCCGGCCUGUCUGCCUCUGGCCCCGCCUUCGCAUGCGGCCCCCUGCCUCACCACCUCUGACAAGGAUAUCCGUCUAAACACCAUAAUACCUCUCCGCACAGCAUGCACGGAGGCCCACGAAGCCCCGCCGGACUCCCUGACAUGUGCCGUGGCACCACCCAAGGACUAUGAACCGGAGAAGGCUGCAGGCCUCUUCUGCAAAGAGCAGCAUGUGACGACCCCGUUAUACAUCCUUCACGGCCUAGCCAUAUCGAGACAGGAUGACUCGGUGACCACCUACGUCAACGUGUGGCAUUUUACCGACUGGCUCAAGAACCAGCUUGGGAUCGCUCAUUAAAUUAGUUUACACCUUUAUAGUUA